GUCAAAUUGACAGUUUUGAAAAAUAUAUACAUGUUGAUAACACACUGGAUAACACAUUUAUAUUUAUAAAUAUUUAAAACAAAUAUUUUGUCUUCCCUUCUUUUUUGUAAUAAAAUAUAUGCGGGUACGUUUGCCCGUGACAUAUGUCACAGAGCGUAAUAACAAGUUUUGUUGAUUAUUUUCAACAAGUUUUAAGAAUAAAUUCGGGUAUGAGUGAGAAUAAAGAAAACACUCAAGCACAAAAUUUGCGUUCAGGAGAGUCUAACCUCACUUCGAAUAACAGUAGUAUUUUUCACGCUGUUUAUAUUCCUGGCGAAAAUGAAAAAGGCGAUGCAAAAGAAGAUGAUCGGGUUUUUAUUGAAAAAAGUGAGGCAUUAAAAUUAAUAAAAAGUCACAAGACUGGAAGAUUAAAAUCAUUUAAAAAUCGUUCGGACGCUGAAAAUUUUUCACGACAUGGUGGAUUAACGAAUGCAACGAAAGUUUCAACAAUAACCACCGAAUCUGUUGUUGGCGAAGAAAAAUCCAGUAAUUUUAAAGGUCCAAAGCCUCAGGAUUUGGUGCGAUUUCGUAAAUUAAUUGAGGCCGGUGAUUUAGAUGCGGUAAAAUCAAUUAUUUGGGAGAAUCCCCGAUAUUUAGUUAGCAGUGGAGAUACGCCUGCAAUUUUACAGGAAGGUUCUCGAUAUAAUGCUCUACAUAUUGCUACAAGGUCUGCUCAUUCAGGUUUAAUGUGCGAAUUAUUAUUGGGUACAAUUAUUAAUCCUGAUUUUGUAAAAUUACUUUACGGCGAAGUGGAUUUGCAGAGAGCUCAAAUUUUACUCGAUCUCUACCUCAAUACACCAGAUAAAGGUCUCAAUGAGACUCCACUUCAUUUUGCGGUGAAAUUUGGACAAAAGGAAGCAGUUCGUGUCCUCGUCUCUUAUCCACAAUGCGUUAAAACUUUAUUGAAUAAGUUUAAACAAACGCCUUUAGAGAUAAUUUGUGCAAGAAAACACGGAGACGAUGAGGAACUAAAAAGACUAAUCCGCAGUUUAUUGGAAGAUCAAUUUUAUGUACCAGUUCUCAGGUCCGAUGACAAUACGUUACAGCCGACAAUUGGCGAACCUUUCUCGCCAACGAGUCCUCUGAAUCAAAAAGUAAAUGAGGAUCCAAUUAGUCCUCGUGUGGAGGUUCGUGCUUUUGCUGGUCCCAUGAGUAAAUCUCAGGCGAUAGAAUUUCGAAAAAAAUGGAAAACACCGCCACGAUAUCAAAUUACUCCAACGAGAUUAAAUUUCACGCCAACACGAGAGAAUAAGCCGAAUGAUUUCACGGAUUCACGUCCAAUUGUCAAAACUCCCGCUCAAAAUUUGUCUCUUCGAUUGCAGGACACUGAAAAAGGACUCGAAAGAGUUGGAAGAGUUUUAGCCGAAGAAUUACAUGUUCCGUGGAAAGAAUUUUGGCCAUUUUUGGAUAGUUUCGCUGAUUUAGGAUGUUCCGAUGGUUUAUGGAAGUUGGAAAAAUUCCUCGAGGCGAGAUUCAAGGGAUAUGGUGUCACUGAAAAUUCUGUUACAUUAAAUGUUAAUGGCGAUCCACUAAAUGAUUUGAAUAAUUUGUGCAAUAAGUUCGAGUCAUGUAAAUUGCAAAGUAGUGAAGAAAACAAGGAAAAUUCUGAAGACGAAUUUUACACGCCACCUUCAUCGCCAAAGGCUUGCGAUAGUUCCGAGGAAGAGGAAAUGGAAUUGGCGAACGAGGGAUCGAUAACUUUUAUUGAAUGUAACGCACCAACUAAAACUGAUUAUGCAGUUUUUAAUGCAGUUCCGUCGUCAGUUACUCCACAAGAUUAUCCAAAUAUUUAUCGUUGGAAACAUGAAAUGCAGUUAAUUAUGAAAAACAAUCCAAAUGGUUGCAUAUCAACGCCGGGAAUAAGAAGGAAACUUCGUCUUUGAUUAAAUGGCGAGCGUUGCAUUUAAUUUAAAGAAUCAAAACCAAAAAGAGAAAUCGAAAAUAAAUGGACAUCAGGAGUACAAAUUUUUUUUUCCACAAAUUUUAGAAUUCCAUAACAUAUUCAGUUUCUUUAUCGUCGAUAUUUUCAUUUGAUAGAAAAAAAAGGAGAGAGAAAGAUAAAAAAAAAUUUUUUCUAAGCUAACUUUCAUCUCUUAAAUGUUAUAUUUUCUUGUUCAAAGCUAUCGAAAAAAUUAAGCUUUCCUUUUGGCUUGACUUUAAGGUCAAAUUUAGAA